ACAUGUCCGUCAAGAUGUGAUUAAUAUGGAAUUUUUGAUGGCCAUCGACCCGAGCAAUUUAACCAUAUUAAUAUUUCAUUGAACCGUGCUAGAUGUGUAUGUCUCAUCUGCUUGCUAGCGCUACACCCUAUCUGUAUUGCUGAUCACAUGCCUUUGUUGCCUUCAUCAUUGCCUUCUACUGCCAAACCAACACUUAUCACAUUCAAUUUCUGCUUCAUGGCAGCUCUUUCAUGGAUUUUCCAGUGUAUGGUGGAUGAAUACUGUGCCGGGAUGAUGAAUUCCUAUCUACCGCUUCAAGCACUGUUUUCCCCACGCCAUGAUGAAUGGUCACCUUCAUUGUCCAGCUGUGGCGUCCUCUCAUAUAAAAGGGCCUCUGGGCCACGCCAGGAAGGUCUUCUCCCUUUUCCCUUGUGCUAUAUUCUAUGACUCUACUGAGGCUCUAAUCUAUGCAGUGUUGAUGAUUUCUGAUUCUUCGCUGCUGAUGUUUGCAGACCUUCUUGCAGAGU